AUCGUCAUUUCGUUGUUGCUUUUGCCCCCAACUCACUAGCCACUACCUCUCCUUUUACGUCUCUCCGUUUCCUUUGUUGGAGAUCUGACAGUACUCCUCGUGUUGUGUCUCAUCUUCUCCCCCUUAUCCCUCCUCUGCUCCGAUCCCGAUCGAAUAUGGAAGCGUCCACGGCAACUCUUACCAUCUCCGUCCUACUUCUCCUUAGUAUCCUCUCCUCCAUUGCCGCCGCUCCGGAGAGCGCCUUGAUCACCCACCUCCCCGGGUUCGACGGCUCAUUCCCAUCCAAACACUAUUCCGGGUAUACUACUGUGGACGAGGAGCAUGGGAGGAACCUCUUCUACUACUUUGUGGUCUCGGAGCGGAACCCGGCCCAGGAUCCUGUUGUGUUGUGGCUCAAUGGUGGCCCGGGUUGCUCCAGCUUUGAUGGUUUCGUUUACGAGCACGGCCCUUUUAAUUUUGAGUCUGGAGGAGUACCUGGAAGCCUCCCGAAGCUACAUCUCAAUCCGUAUAGCUGGUCUAAGGUUUCUAAUAUUAUCUAUUUGGACUCUCCUGCUGGUGUUGGACUGUCGUACUCGAAUAAUUCAUCAGAUUAUGCUACUGGAGAUCUUAAGACUGCUUCUGAUUCACAUACAUUUCUCCUUAAGUGGUUUGAGCAGUACCCAGAGUUUCUUGCAAAUCCAUUUUAUAUUUCUGGGGAGUCAUAUGCUGGAGUUUAUGUUCCCACUCUUUCAUAUGAAGUUGUCAAAGGGAUCCAAGAAGGAGCAAAACCCACUCUCAAUUUCAAGGGCUAUAUGGUGGGGAAUGGAGUCAGUGACACCGUUUUUGAUGGUGAUGCUCUUGUUCCAUUUGCACAUGGAAUGGGUUUAAUAUCAAAUGAUCUGUUUCAGGAGGUCUACUCUGCCUGUAAUGGAAGCUACUGGAAUCCAGUCAAUAACAACUGUCUGGUCCUGCUAAGCAAAGUUGAUUGGGAACUCGAUAAUCUAAAUAUCUAUGAUAUCCUCGAGCCCUGCUUCCAUAGUCCAGAAGUCAGAGAAGUUUUGUCUGAGGACAGUAGGUUGCCUUCAAGUUUCAGAAAACUUGGUGAAACUGAUAGGCCUUUACCUGUUAGGAAAAGAAUGUUUGGGCGUGCUUGGCCACUCAGAGCUCCAGUAAGAGAUGGACGCGUUCCAACAUGGCCAGAACUUGGAAGUAGCUCAGUUCCCUGCACGGAUGAUGAAGUUGCUACUUCGUGGCUGAACAAUGAAGCUGUAAGAUCAGCAAUUCAUGCGCAACCGAGAAGCUUGAUAGGGGCUUGGGAGUUGUGCACAAAUAAAAUAGACUUUGAUCAUGAUGCUGGGAGCAUGAUCAAGUAUCACAAGAACCUCACUGCUCAAGAUUAUCGUGCACUUAUAUACAGUGGCGACCAUGACUUGUGUGUACCUUUCACCGGGAGUGAAGCAUGGACUAGAUCAUUGGGCUAUGCAAUUAUUGACGCAUGGAGACCGUGGUACUUAAAUGACCAAGUCGUAGGAUAUACCCAAGGUUAUGACCAUAACCUCACCUUUCUCACUAUUAAGGGGGCAGGGCAUACAGUUCCCGAGUACAAACCGAGCGAAGCACUAGCUUUCUAUACCCGUUGGCUUGCAGGCACAAAGCUCUAAAAAAUGAGGGCAGAAUCAUUAAUUAAUAACGAACAUAUUCUUCUGUAGUUAAUUUUGGAAGCAUUUUCUGCUCAACCUCUAUAGCAUGAUCAAUUUCCAAAAUCGGAGAACCAUUAAGACGGAAGCUGAUGGAUUCACCUUUUGUUGUGUGAAUGGCUUCUGUAACUGUCAACUGCGACCAAAUAAUAUCGAGGCGUGCAACCACUGACAUUUUACUUUCGCGGGAUUA